GACUCCCUGUCUAGGCUGUUCUCCCGCUGCGGGCGUGUGCAGUCUGUGCACAUCAGUGAGAAGCCAGGGCCCGUAGAGAAAAAAGAAAAACUCGUGUCCAAGUUCUUCGACCACAAAACUGUGACGGGAUUUCAGGUAGCGUAUGUGGUGUUCAGAAAGCCAUCUGGUGUCCAGGCAGCCAAGGCUCUGUCACAAGAAGGUCCCCUGUUGAUAUCAACAGCGAGUAACCCUGUGAAAACCGGCGUUAGCAAGUGGAUUGCCAGCUAUGCAGCCUCAGUUGCGGAUCCAGAGGAGCUCAAGGCUGAAGUGGAUGCCUACAUGCAAGACUAUGACAAAAGGAUAGCAGAGGAAGAAGCCAAAGCAGCCAAGGAGGAAGGUGUUCCAGAUGAGGAGGGCUGGGUGAAGGUAACGCGGAAGGGUCGGAAGCCCGGCCUGCCCCGGAUAGAGGCUGCCAACCUGCGGGUGCUGGAGAGGGAGAAGCGGAAAAGGGCUCGCAAAGAGCUGCUCAACUUCUAUGCCUGGCAGCAUCGCGAGACCAAGAGAGAGCACAUCGCCCAGUUGAGGAAGAAAUUUGAGGAGGACAAGCAGAGAAUCGCACUGAUGCGAGCCCAGCGCAAAUUUCGGCCAUACUAAGCUGUGCUGAGCUAUUUCCUCGGAUGCCUGUGCUGGAGGGAGUGGAAGAGAUGCCUAUGGACUCCGUGUGCCAAAGGAUUUCAAGGGAUUGAGGCAGCUUCACAUUGUCCCUGCCCUUGGAUCUGAAGUGGGAGAUCCCAGCAACCACCACUGGAGAGGGAGUUUCCUUCACUAGCACCGGUAUCCUCCUGCUCUCCCGGCCAUCGUUUGGCCGUGUGGCACCGCUUC